GAGGAAUCGCCGAGCAAAUGUGCAAAAUGCAUGGAGGCUGAGACUAGAUAGUUGUCUUUAAAAGUAGACAUCUGAUGUAUAAACUUUUGGAAAAAAAAUAUAUAAUUUUAUGUUAAAUAUAUGUAAGAUGAACUGUUUGUAAUAAGAUAAUAAUUGGCACAACUUCAUGAAACUUUCCUGAUAAAAAAAAAUAUUCGGGGUGCAAACUUUCGUUCUGGAGAUCAGACAUGGUGGAGCCUCCGGGAGUGAGUGGAAAAAAUAACCGCCAUCGGUUCAGAAACAACACGGUGGCGAGGUCGGUCGGGGGAGAAAAAAAAUGGAUGUCUCCGCGUAGCGAAAUGGUUGGAUGGAUGGAGAGAGAGAGAGAGGAGCUGCUGCUGCUGCGCGUUGAGUGGAGGGAGACGGCGAAGUGAGAUGGAGGCGGGGGGGAAGGACCAUCUCUGCGGGGACUGGAGCCCAGGACCGACGGCGCAGUGCUGGCUAUCGUUCAACCCUCCCCUUCUUCUUCUUCUUCCUCCACAACAACGACACCCAGGCUCACGCCGAGAGAGACAGAUACAAUACAGUAGACCCACAAAUGAAUGGAGAAAUGGAGGCAACGACCCAAGAGAAAGGUGUGAUUUUUGUGUGGGCCCAGGAUGACCUCUUGAAACUGCUGGAGGCCAUAAAAGUGGCGCUGCCUCAGAAAGACCUGACUAAAUACAAAACAUCAGAGUCCCACCUCGACUGGACGAAGGUGGCCUUCAAUUCCUUCACAGCAGACAUGUGUAAGCAGAAGUGGUCGGAGGUCUCUAAAGAGAUUCGUAAAUUUCGGACUCUGACAGAACUGAUAUUUGAUGCCCAAGACUACAUCAAGAACCCUUACAAGGGCAAAAAGAUAAAGAAACACCCAGAUUUCCCCAAGAAGCCCUUGACUCCGUACUUCCGCUUCUUCAUGGAAAAGAGGGCCAAAUACGCAAAGCUGCACCCUGAGAUGAGCAACUUAGACCUAACUAAAAUCCUCUCCAAGAAGUACCGGGAGCUGCCUGACAAAAAGAAGAAAAAGUAUGUUGAGGACUUCUUAAGAGACAAAGAAACAUUUGUGCACAGCAUGAUAAAGUUCAGAGAACUACACCCAGACCUCAUGGAGAGCAUGACCAAGAAAGGUUCAAAUGCACCAGAGAAGCCCAGGACACCCCAACAGCUGUGGUACAACCAUGAAAAGAAGGCCGUCCUCAAGACACGCCCGGAUGCAACCACCAAAGACAUUAAGGACAGUCUUGGCAAGCAGUGGACGCAGCUGUCUGACAAGAAGAGGCUCAAAUGGAUCGCCAAGUCCCUGGAGCAGCAGAAACUAUACGAGGGGGUUAUGCGAGAGUACAUCCAGCAGCACCCGGAGUUAAACAUGACCCAAGAUGAUAUUGUCAAGUCCACCCUGACGAAGGCUGAGAGACACCUAAAAGACAAAUCUGACGGCCGACCUGACAAACCGCCUCCAAAUGGGUACUCAAUGUUCUGUGCAGAGUUGAUGUCGAGCAUGAAGGACGUACCCAGCACAGAGCGUAUGGUGAUGUGCAGCCAGCGGUGGAAGCUGCUGAAACAGGGUGAGAAGGACGCCUACCAGAGACGCUGUGAACAGAGGAAGAAGGAGUUUGAAAUUGAGAUGAACAGAUUUCUUACUAGUUUGUCGGAGGAAGAGCAACACCGAGUUUUGUCUGAGGAGAAAAGUUUUAAGAAGGGUGGACCCAACAGUCCUGCCGCCAAAAAGAGGGCCUCUAAAGCAAAGGCCAAUACAGAGAAACCCAAAAGGCCAAUUUCAGCCAUGUUCAUCUUCUCUGAGGAGAAGCGUCCGAAACUGCAGCAGGAGCGGCCAGACCUCUCUGACAGUGAGCUCACGCGACUCCUGGCUCGCAUGUGGAAUGAGCUGCCAGAUAAGAAGAAGGAGAAGUAUAAACGCCUAGAAACAGUCCUGAAGGCUGAGUCAGAGAAGAAGGAGAAGGAGGAUCGUAGUCGUCUGCCAGACCCGCCCAAGACCGCACAGGACAUCUGGCAGCAGAGCGUCAUCGGAGACUACUUGGCCAGAUUUAAGAGUGACCGGCCAAAGGCACAGAAAGCAAUGGAAGCAACCUGGAGCACCAUGGAGAAAAAAGAGAAAAUUGUGUGGAUCAAAAAGGCAGCAGAGGACCAGAAAAGAUACGAGAGAGACCUGUGCGAGAUGCGCUCACCUGCUGCUGCCAUUGCCUCAGGGAAGAAGAUGAAGUUUGAGGGUGAACCCAAGAAACCGCCAUCAAACGGAUAUCAGAAGUUCUCUCAGGAGAUGCUGUCCAACGGAGAGCUGAAUCACCUUCCGAUGAAAGAGCGCAUGACUGAGAUCGGCAGCCGCUGGCAGAGGUUAUCGCUGAAGGACAAGGACCGCUACAAGAAGAUCGCUGAGGAGAAGCAGAGGCAGUACAAAAUCACACUGGAGCAGUGGCUCGCUAGCUUGUCUUCACAAGAGAGAAACACUUACAAAGAAUAUACUUCACAAAAAAGGAGAACUACAGCAAAACCAGGAGGCCCCAAGGCAAAGGCCAAGAAAUCUGACACGGAGGAGGAGGAGGACGACGAUGAUGACGAGGAUGAAGAGGAUGAGCGGGAGAAGGCUUCCUCUGAAGCAGACUCAUCCAGCGAGGAUGAGGACGACGAUGAAGAUAAGGAGGAAGAUGACGAUGAAGAGGACGAUGAGGACGAUGACGAGGCGGAAGACAAGGAGAACAAGUCGGAGGACAGCAGCAGCGAUUCAAAUUCACAGGGGUCGUCGGACUCUGAUUCGGACUGAAACGGGCCGGCGACGUCUUCGUGAGACGAACUGAGCAGCGCUGAGCUGAGCCAAGAGUCAAGGGAGCUCUGCCACUGUGCCAACCCUGCUCUCCUCCCACCACCAGAGGGAGCCCCUGCAUCGCCUCAUCCACUUCACACUCACCCACUUUAUGUUGCUACGUUGGUGAUCUACUCAUGGAGGGACCCUGCCCUUGUGUCCAAAAUCAGUUUCAUUCCCUCCCCGCUGUGUGUGAUGGUCAUCUCACAGCACGGGCCGCUGACGUUAUGCCAAAAACAGCAUCCCACUGGUUUGGUGAUGUCGUGGACUUUUUCGCCGCUGGUUUCAAUCUUGACUUGCAGGUUCAAUGGUUUAAGGUUUUAAUGUCAAAGGUAACUCAUUACCUGCCAGUGUUUAUUUUAUUAUUCUGGUAAUUAGUUGAAGACAGGUGGCAUGAACAGGCUUCAUAGAGCCAAAGAACAUGGUAGAGCGAGAGGGGGGGAGAGGGGGCGUGCAGGGUACUGAAAAAUUGCACUCUUCAGAAUGUUUCCUUUAAUAUUUUUUUUUUUUCCAGAGCAUUGUCGCGUUGUUCUCUAUUCUCAAUUUAUGAUGUAGAUUUUAUCAUUUGGUUCUUAAAGAGGUGGUAUUUUUUCAGGAAAAAAAUCAAGCCAUUAUGAAUGUUUCUUUUUUUGUUGCUGGAAUAUUUCAGAAUUUGUUACUAACCCGUGUUCUCAUUUAAAGGAUAACAGUGCUUAUAUAAAGUAUUCACCCACUCUUGGACUUUUUCAUCUUUUAUUGUUUUACAACGUUGAACCAAAGUGGAUGUUUUGAUACUCUUUAACAAAAUAAUUAGUCUUUAUACUGCAGCAUUUAUUGCUUUCUAACGGAGAGGAAACCUGACCACAACCUGCUGUGAUGUCAGGUGUGUUUUAAAACAUUUCAACACAGAACUGAAACUGACAUUGAUCUCAUUUAACUCAACAACAAGCCAAGUGACUUUUUCUGCAAUUUCACAAGAAAAACAAAUCCCUACAGAUGUAUCUAAAUGAAGUGCAAAACCAAAACAAUUAAUUACACAAGUAGUCACCCUCCUAAAUAUUUAGUAGAAGCAUCUUUGGCAGCCUUGAUUCUAUGUGGAUUGGUCUUUUUACAUGUGAACACUGCAUUUCUCCCGGUUUCUUUUCACAAAACUGCCCAACCGAUGUCCAUGGGGACUUUAAGUGAGCAGUCUGUCACAAAUUCUCUAUUGGAUUUAACCUCACUAAUGCGCUUCUUGUACCAACACAGCCUGCUCUAAGCAGAUUUACAGCUGUGCCAAAUUCUUUACAUUUUAUAUUUUUAAUGAUUGACCAUACUGUAGUCUGCAGGCUAUUCUGUGCCUUGAAAAUGCUCUUUGUAUCCUUCCCCUUGAAUGAUAGUUUUCAGUAAACUUGUUGUAAUAUAUUUGGGAUUUUCCUUUAUUUGUGUGGUGUAGUUUUUAUUACAAAACGAGCUGUUAGAGCUUCCAGAUACAGGUGUAUUUACUGGUCACUCUUUUAAUUACACUCUCCAUUCAACUUAUAAAAACAUUUGUCUGCACCAGUCAAUACAAUCAAUUAUUUUAGUUUUGUGAAGAUUUGUUUUGUUGUUGAGUGUCAAAAAAUCCUGAUUGCAUCCAUUAUGCUUCAGAGGUGUAAAACAGAAGCAGGUUUAAUACUUUUUAUAGGCGCUGUGGGAUCCGUUGCCAUGUGUCCGUCAUUGAAAGGUGUGAUUUAUAACUGACCUAUUAAUCCAUCAGUCUGAUACAAUUCUGUUUGACUCCGUUAAGUCUGGCCUGACAGUAAUAAACAGUGUUUAUUGUUUGACCAGAGCAGUUUGUCUUUGAAGGGAUACCACUUGAGCUCAGUUUGUCUUGUGUUUUUAAAGAAUACCGUCAUACAGUUGGUGUAUGUUUCUUCUCUGACCCGUUGUUUUACAUUUAUUUGAACUGUCGAUAGGUUUGUUUUGUGUUCUGAUCCAUCUGGAAUCAUUUUGUGGAUGUCGAACUGAAUGGUUUUCAUCAAUAUUUUUUUGAAUUUUAAUGGUAUUGACUGUAAUCCAUAUGGGUUUUAGUCUAAUGCUUAAUCCCAAAAAAGUGUGCACUUAAUGUAAAUCUGUCCCUCUGUGUGAGUUUGUGUGCAUGCAUGCACAGAACUGUGUAUAUAUGGGGGUGUGAGUGUGUGUUUCUUUGCUUUAACGUGUGCUGUUUUUACUGUUUUGUUGCAAACCAUGAUGUGACUGCAGCGUGCAUGUUUGUGCCUGUGUGGGGACGUCAUACCAACACCAUGAAUGUAGAUAUUGUUAAUCUUUUUUUUUUUUUUAUUUCCAAAGGUCUUUAGUAAAUUUUCUGCUUGGCGCUGUCGUGUCAUUGGUCACCUGAAAACAGACUAAUGACAAGACUUCCAUGACUGUCAUUUUGGGUCCACAGACAGAUGAGUGGCAACUAUUAAUAGUCUGUUAGUAAUGGACUGAUUUUGACCAUUAUGAAAUAAAAACCAGCGUGGACUAUUUAAAUAAUCUGGGGAGAGAAUAAGAAAAGUGAUUGCUGAUAUUGAUGGAUGGGAGUUUGUAAAAGGGAUUUGGGGAACUGAGUUGCCAGAGGAAUUGGGGUUAAAAACUGUUGUAAUUUUUCCUGUAUAUACUGUUUUUGUAUUGAGUGCUUAUCAUUUUGUUAGUGCUUUAUUUUGGCAAACCCUCAUCUGUGACCUCUAAGGCCGGUGAGUUUUUCACUCACGGGAGAGUUUUUGGUUUAAUUCACCUGUUUUAGUUGUUUCUUCUCUCCCUUCUGUUGGUUUAUAGAGAUAUCUAAGACAGCAAAGCUUUACAAGUUUGUACUGCUGGUCAUUUGACAAAAUUUGAUGUUUUCUAUAGCUGAGGGUGUUCUUAUGUCCUUGUAGUUCAAGUAUUUGGGCAAAUAAAAAAUGAUCUUUAACAGUUA